GCCUAUAAAUAUAAUGAUGCUGUUAUGCUCCGCACAGUACUUGAAAAAGUGUAAUUAGAUACAGAGUAAUUAUAUAAGCAAGAUGGCACGCGAAUUCUACAUUAUCAUUUUUGCAUUUAUUCCUGCUAUUUUAGCUACAGUUCCACAUGAAGCUAUAGAUUUAGUGAAUAAGAAACUAGCAUCCGACGAAAACUACUACAAUACUUGCCUGAAUGAAACCGGUGCCACUGAUAAUGAUAUAUUCACACUAAGAGAUAUAAUGCAGGAGAGGCAUAAACAAUCUGAAAAUCAAGAAAAACUAAGAAAGAAUAGUUGCUUAUUCUAUUGCAUGAUUCAAAAAGAGAAUAUGAUAGAAGAAUCGGAAUUUAACCUAGAAACAAUACAUACUAAGUUUACUGAAAAAACAAAUAUCCAACCAGGACACAUUCUUUACAAAGCUCUGGAUGAUUGCAUAGAAGAAGUAAAAGAUAUUACAGAUAAAUACGAAAAAAGUUUUGGUCUAGUGACGUGUUACUUCAAAGCUAAAGAAAGGUUUCUUUCUCAAAGAGAACAUAGAGAGGAGAUCUCCUAGAGGAGAGGGACACGAGAGAUCACGAGGAAGUCGAUCUUCAUAAUCAUGAACAUGUAUCUUUUUAUAAUACCAUUACAUUAUUAUAAUUAUGAUUUC